GCAGGGACAGAGGCAGGGUGGCGAGCUCCGUCCCUGCCUGUCCCGUGACGUUGCUGCUGCAGCGUCUGCAAGACAAGGAGGGUGACCGAGCGCAAGCUUACGGCGAGCUGGAGAGCGCCCUGUGGGAAGAGGACAGCCGCCCGCCGUGCGGAGUGGUGAACCGGCUGCUGGCAGAGGUGUCCCAGGACCUGACGGCGGCCCAGGGUGCGACAGACAACGUCAGGAUGGCUGCCAGCAAUGUCCUGGUGGCUCUGGCCCGCUCGCACUUCAGCUUGGUGAUGGCCGAGCUCCAGGGCCACCUGAAGGCCGUGGGGGAGAUCUCCAAGGAGUUUGCGCUCAUCACCCUCAGCAAGCUGUUCAGCAGCUACGCUGUGCAGUGCAUCCCCUUCAUGUGGCUGACCCUGGCUGGCCUGCGCAGUCUGGCCAGCCAGGUGAGGAGCGGCCGCACCCUGCGCGUCGCUUGUGCUGUGGUGAGACAAUGGUCAGAAGGAGUCAAGUUUCACCUGUACUCUGGAAAGCAAUGCCCCUGGCCCGCCACGGAGAAAGAGCGAAUCUAUGAGAACCUUUACCAUCUCCUCUGCUCUGUGGUGAGGAACUGGCAGGGCUGCGAGGAGGAACAGGACAAACAGGCCGUCCUUGGGGCUGUGGCUGCCAUGAUGGAUGCCCUCCUGCAAGAGGAGCUGCACCGAGAGCACAUCUGGGAGCAGCUCCUCUGCCUCGUGCACCAGUAUCAGGAGGUCCAAGACACCUCCGGGGUGACCAAGAGCCUCAGUAUCUUCCUGGAGGCCUUGGCGGGAGUUUGGUCUGUCAUCCCCAAGGACACGUUUCUGGCCAUCACCAAUUUGUCUGUCAGAAACAGAGAAAUUUCAAGCGAGGAAUAUUUUGCUCCUUUGUCUGCUGUUUCCUGCCUUUGCUGGAGAGCAGUGUACAAUGUGGGGCCUCGCAUCCUGGGAGAAUAA